GAUUACUUGGGCCCUUGCAUUCGCAUAUUCGGUGCAGUUUCAUGCGAGCUCCCGAGGAAAGAACAAUAUAAAGCGCGAUGGAGAAUCAAAAAGAAUUGGAUCGUGCGGCCGAGGUGUUGUCUUGGAACAACCGGCUAAUGUCGUUGCUGGGUGUUUGGCCUUCUCAUCCUAACGACCUUAUCUUCUCGAUUAAUUUCAGCUACUUCGGUUUUCUCAUGAUUCUAGAGUAUUUGGAUCUCUUUCUUUACAUCGACGAUCUCGAACAAGUGGUCAUGAAUUUGACAGAGAACAUGGCGUUCUCGCAGAUAUUUGUGCGAAUCUUUAUAAUGCGGUUGUACAACGAUCAAAUUGGUGAGAUCUUAACGGAGGUCGAGAAGGACUUUGACAAAACGAAUUACAAAACCGCCGAGGAGAUAAAGUCGUUCAUCACCUACAACGCUAGGUCGAAGAUGUUCAUGAAGCUGCUGAUGGUGUUUGUCGCGCUAACUGCUUCGUCGUAUUAUUUAACUCCGAUUAUUAUUAUCCUCGGAAGUGGUUCACUACCCAAAAUAGUGAUCAGCGAAAACGUAACUCAAAUAAUUUAUCUGUUGCCUUAUCGCUUUUACACGUUCUACGCGGUCGAGAACAUGCGUACGUACGUGAUUACGUACGCCUUGGAAAUGCCAUUCGUCUUCGUCAGUGGUGUUGGACAAGCCGCCUCUGACUGCGUUAUGGUCACUCUUGUCUUUCACAUUUGCGGUCAGAUGUCGGUUCUCGCUUUGCGCAUUAACAGCGUAGACGCUGACAAUGAGCUUUACGACUGCAGGCGCGAGGUGCGACAUGUGGUGCUCAUGCACAUACGAUUGUUGCGAAUGGGAAAGAGAGUAGAACAAAUAUUCAGUACAACGUUGUUGGUUCAUCUUAUAGGAGCCACUUCUCUCCUAUGCGUCCUCGGCUAUCAAAUUUUAACGAAUUUCGCUAAAGGUGAGAAAGGAGUACUCGUGACAUUUUUGAUAUUUCAAUUCUUAGUUCUGCUUAUACUUUACGUUCUCUGCACUGUCGGUGAAAGCCUUCUGACAGAGAGUACCAAAGUGUGUGAAGCGUUUUACGAUUGCCAUUGGUACAGUAUGUCGAAGAAUAAUGCGCAAAUGAUAAUACUAUGCAUGGCAAGAUCGCAAAAGCCGCUCUGCCUGACGGCCGGCAAAUUUACCACCAUUUGCCUCAGCACUUUAACUGACGUUUUGAAGACAUCCAUGGGAUAUUUAUCGGUAUUACGCUCUUUUUUAGAAAGACUCCAUGGCCACAACAAAGGCGACCACAUUGAAGAUUUGUUUGUUCAUUUAGAACGGAUCUUUUCCAUCGGAGGGAUAUGGCCGUCCAAGCGGACGUACGUCCGCUUUGCGAUUUACAUAUCACAUUAUGCUCUUUAUCUCGUCAUGGCGUGGAUUAAUCUUUACGACGUUUUCGGUAAUUUGGAGCUGAUGGUGAUGAAUAUCGUGGAAACGGUGGCUUACUCCAUAACGUUCCCCCUAAUGUGUCUGAUAAGAUGCAGCAAUUUGUUGAAGCUCGUAAUUAACGUAAUAAGGAAGGACAUGGUGCGGAAAUUUGAGAAUUCCGAGGAAGAAAGGAUUUACUACAAUUACAAUUAUAUAUCCAAGGUAUUUACAUACGGCUCGGUCGUCGGCAUGUUCAUCACAGUCGUGUCGUUGUACUUUAGACCGCUUGUGUAUCUCUUGACAACUAAUCAAGCGUUACGCCAUAACGAUACGGAGCCGCUUGUAUUACCCUACAGAGUCCAUCCGUUUCUCGAUACCAGCAAUACCCAUGCAUACAUAUUGAUGUAUCUGUAUUUAUUUCCGCUGAUUUACAUCUCUGUUUGUCACAUGGCAGCGAUUUGCCUGAUGGUCAUCUUGGUAUUUCACAUUUGUGGCGAACUGUCUAUCUUGUCGUAUCGUAUCAAACACGUGGGUGAAUAUUCGGAGGACUUGAUAGUGGGUAGAAUUGGAAGCUUCGUUCGAAUGCAUCUCAAGAUAAUAUGGCUGAUGAAAUCCAUAGACAACACUUUCCAUUUGAUUCUUUUGGAUGAACUCCUCGGCAACAGUAUUGUACUGGCUAUCUCGUUGUACUACAUCAUAAUGAACUUGGACGUGACAAAUAUGGCGACCUGCUUCACUUUUACUUUUUUCGCCAUUAUCGCGCUUGUCAUGCUCUUCGGAUAUUGUUUGAUGGGUGAUCAAUUAACUCAACAGUGUGUAAACGUGCAAGAUGCAUACUACGAAUGCAACUGGUACGAAAUGCCGCCCGUUUGCAAGAAGUGUCUGCUAAUAUGUAUGAUUCGGAGUCAAGUUAUGCUUUACUUAACUGCCGGACGAUUUUAUAUAUUUUCCUUUACCAGUUUUACGGACAUUAUCAGAACUUCCUUGGCAUACUUGUCGAUGCUGCGUACUCUCAUAUGAAGAAUUAUGGAAAAAUUUAUAUAUGGAUCACAACACUAGAUACACGAAUCUGUGUACUACAUAUGGAAAAAUACACUUAGAAUGUGCGCCUGCAAUUGCAACGAUCAUCGAUCAUUGAUCAUCGAUUAUUGAUCAUCGAUUAUUGAUAAUCGAUUAUUGAUCAUCGAUUAUUGAUAAUCGAUUAUCCUUUUAAAAUCCUCUAAAAAUAGAAAACAAAAUGAAAUAAGACUCGUGUAUCAGAUAAAUUUUUCGUAAAAAUGCUUGAGAAGGCAUAUGAAAAUUAGUGUGCAUUUUUACGACCAGAGUUACAUUGCACAAUUUCUGAAAAUUCAUAAAACUUUAUUAUAGCACGCGUUCUUAGAACCAAUUGUAUUUGUAAUUAUAUAGAUCUACAUCGAUGUAGACAGUGAAAGAUAACGCAAUCGAUAUUUAGUUUGGAUUAAAGCACAGGUGGCUCGAGUAACACACUUAUAUGCAAUUCGUACGUUAAUUUUUUUGCGCAAUUGCCUAGCCUAUUCCCAGAUUCUAUAGACAGAUCUAAGCAUUAAAACAGAGAUUACAUGCGCCCUCGCGCUCAUAAUUUCGUGUAGUUUUAUGCGAGCUUUCGGGGGAGGAACAACGUACAUUUAACGCGAUGUACAAGCGAGUUGUAGAUUCUCAUGUUAUGCAAUACGUCAUGAAGAAUUACAAGAUAUACGUAUCAUUUUACAAUUGA